AUGUCGCAGCCGAUCCCUCAACCCGCCGGCGUGCCUAUCCUCGGCAACAUCUUCGACGUCAGCCCCAGCAACACCUGGUCGUCGCUCAAGAAGCUUGCCGAGCAGUACGGGGAAAUCUUCCAGAUCAAGGUCUUUGGCCACACCAUCGUCUUCGUCGCCACCGUCGCCCUAGCCGAGGAGAUUUGUGACGAGAAGCGCUUCCGCAAGUUUGUCGGCGGCCCCGUCGUCGAGAUCCGAGAUGCCGUCCAUGACGCCCUUUUCACCGCGUACGACCACGAGGCGAGCUGGGGCAUCGCCCAUCGCAUCAUCGCCCCGAAGCUGCAGCCUGAUGCCCUGGCCGGCCACUUCCAAGAGAUGCGCGACCUGACCGUCGAACUCUUCGACAUCUGGAAGGCCUCUGACGAGCCCAUCUCUCCCUUCGGGGACCUCGGCCGCCUGAACCUCGAGGCCACGACGUAUACCCUCUACGGCAAGCGGAUGAAUUGUCUCGCUGGCCCGGAACACCCGAUGCUCAUAGCCAUGGAGGAGUCGACGGCUGAGGCUGUCAUGCGCCCCACCCGCCCCGGUAUCCUCAACGCGCUCUUGUACCGGAGUAAGUGGAAGUCGUCCAUCAAGACGAUGAGAGACUACGCCGCCGAUGUCGUCCAGCACCGGAAGGAGAACCCGACGGAUCGGCAAGACCUUCUCGCCGCCAUGAUGACCGCCAAGGACCCUGACACCGGCGUCGGCCUCACCGACUCCCAGGUCAUCGACGAAGUCCUGUCAAUGCCCAUCGGGAGCAGCACCGCGCCGUGCCUGCUCACCAUGGCCCUCUAUCUUCUCCUCCAGAACGCCGACGUCAUGGAAAAGGCCCGCAAAGAGCUUCAAGACGUCGUGGGCACCGGCGACUUCAAGUACGAGCACCUCGCCCGCCUCCCCUACCUUGACGCCGUCAUCCGCGAGUCCCUGCGCCUCUCUUUCGCCGCCCCCGGCUUCAACAUCGAGCCAAUACCGACAAAGGAGAAGGCACCCAUCCUGCUCGCCGGCGGCAAGUAUCAGAUUGCUCACAACCAGCCGAUGCUCAUCGUCAUGGCUGGUGUCAACCGCGACCCGACCGUAUUCGAGGACCCCCUGGCCUUUAAGCCCGAGCGCAUGCUCGGCGAAGCCUUCGAGAAGCUGCCGCCCGGCGCCAAGAAGUGGUUUGGCAACGGUAAGAGAGAGUGCAUCGGGAAACAUUACGCCUGGCAAUGGAGCUUCGUCGUUCUCGCCAUGAUCCUGCGUGACAUCGACUUGGAAAUGGCUGAUCCGGCAUACAAGCUGGAGCAGGAUGGCUGGUUCAACUACCGGCCCGUCGACUUUUGCAUCAAAGUCAAGGCGAGAGCAUCAUAG